UGACUUUAUGAUAUAGAUAAUUGAUAGUGUUAUUCUGAAUAAAGAAGAAUAUACCUUCUACAUUAUUAAUAGGGUUUCGACGAAAUUUCUUUCCAAAAAACGAUUUAUAUUUCAAAAUGACAGAAUUGUCAUUCAUGUCAAUGCUGACAAUUGUUUGCAAUAACACAAAUGAUUUCAUAGUUAUUUUAGCUUUUCGAAUAAUGUACAUAAACAUCGUUACAUAUACUGUAUAAAUAUUAGUAUAUCUUCAAUAUAAUUAUUUCUUUCAUAUAGACCAAAUAUCAGUGUAUAUCUAAAAAGUGUGCUUUGAAACAUGCAUGCUUGAUAACAAUACUUCAAACUUUAGAUAAAUUAAUAAUAAACAAAUACUCCUAUUCAACAAUAUAACGCACUUAAUUUAUACUGUGUUGAUAACAGUUUUUCUUUAAAGUCCACAUCAAAAUACAUGGCUACGUCGGUAAAUUUCAUUACUUAUAGCAAUGUAACCAAUAAGUUAACAGAAUUGGCUAAAGAUACACUGACAUGGAAGAUCGUCACUGGUGGAGGUCUACUAUUGGUGGGAGGAUACUAUAUUUUCCUAAAGGACAGAAAUUCACUUCCAGGACCAAGAGGAUUUCCUUUUUUAGGAAUUACUCCAUGGCUUGACAAAGAAACGCCUCAUUUAAAUCUUAUAGAUUAUACCAAAGAAUAUGGGGAUGUUUGUAAAAUACCCAUUAUGUUGAAUGAUAUAAUUUUCGUUUCUGGAGAAAAGAAUAUAUACGAUAUGUACAUUAACAAACAAGACGACUUCUCAAAUAGACUCCAUAGUGUAAGAUUUAAGGCUUUAAAAAAUGGCUUUCAAGAUCUCACUUUUAUGAAUGACCAUCAAUUAUUUAGAGAUUCAAAGAAGAUGACUCUUAGAUCUCUUAAAACCUAUUCGGAGGGAAUGAAAAAAGUAGAGGACAUCUCUUCCGAAAUAAUAGGUGAAUUUUUAGAAUACAUACAAUCUACACAAUCCAAACCAGUAGAUAUUAGUAAUAGAUUAAAAGUUCUAUUUGGUAGUAUAAUCACAUCUAUGACCCUAAAUAGGAGAAUUGAAAAUUCUGUUAUGGAGAAAUUUGUAGCUGCAUAUGACGAAAUUCUUAUAAUACUUCAAUCUCCCUCAACUGCAAUUUUAGAGGUAUUUCCUUGGCUUAGAAGCUGUGGUAAUAAGUCCUAUAAAAAGUUGGUAAAUUGCGCAAAAAGACGAGAUAAUCUAAUAGAACCUAUUGUUAGAGAGGCAAUAGACAAUUUUGAUCCUCAUGAUAUAAAAACUACUACUGAUCAACUUUGGCAUUAUAUGAAUCAAUCAAAUAUAGAUUAUGAUUUUAAAGAUCUUUAUGGUAUUUCUUAUAAUUUGAUUGUUGCCGGUUUCAUUACAACUUCCUCGACAUUGUAUGGACUUUUUCCAAUUCUAAUGUCACAUAGACAUAUUGAACAGAAGAUUCUCCAAGAAAUUGAACAUAAUAUUGGUUUUAAUCGUCUUCCAUCACUCGAUGAUAAAGCUAAUAUGCCAUACACGGAAGCCACAAUAUUGGAGGCUCAUCGCUAUCUAUCUGUUGUACCUUUUAGUUUACCACAUAUAGCUGUAAGAGAUUCGACAAUUGGAGGUUAUAAUAUAAAGAAGGGAAGUCAAAUAUGGCCAAAUAUUUGGGGUCUUCAUCAUGAUGAAACGAUUUGGGGAGAUCCUGAAAAUUUCCGACCCGAAAGAUUUUUGGAUGAUAAUGGUCGUGUUCUAACAGCGGAACAUCGAUUCAGAAAAUGGUAA